AUGCUGUCGGUGCUCACCUCUAGUAUGUCCUCCCCUACGUCCUCCACAAGUUCCCCUAAACUUGACCAGACGGGUUCCCCUAAAAGGCUCUCUGUCCCAGGUUCUGGUCCUCUGGUUGCUCCGCUGGGAGGUUCAGUGGUACUGCCCUGUUAUACUGAGAUACCGGUAGAAACGGAGAAGCUGAAAGUUGUAUGGAGAAGAACAGACUCAGAGUCUCUGGUUCAUCUGUAUGAAGAUGGUGAGAGUCGAGCAGAGGCCCAGCAGCAGGAUUAUCAGGAUAGAGCUCAUUUCUUUACUGAUCAGAUUCAACAUGGAAACUUCUCCCUCCGUCUGGACAAUUUGAGAACAGAAGACAAAGGCGUUUACAGAUGUAAAGUUUACAGUCAACAGUUUGCUGACAAAACUUUAGUUGAAAUAAAAGAUGUUGAGUACUUGCAAGUAUCAGGAUCGAGUCGCUCCAUAUCUGCGUCUGUGGGUGAGGACGUCACUCUGAACUGCUCUGUCGACUCUCACAUCAAACCUGAACACAUUGAAGAGGUUUCAUGGAGGAAAACAGAUGAAGAUGAAGAUAUUCUGGUUCUGCUCUACCAGAACAAUGAAGCUUUUCCAGAUUCAUCAGAUGAGCAAUACAGAGACAGAGUUGAGUUCUUCACUGAUGAAAUCCCCAAAGGAAACUUCUCUCUCAGACUGAAGAGUGUCAGAACUGAGGACAAAGGAGUUUACAUCUGUCAAGUGUUUGCUGGAGUACUUUCAGCCAAUGCAACUGUGCUACUGGAGAGACUGGGUUUCUCUGUUUCACAUACAACGGUGUUGAUUCUCUGUAUUAUUGCAUCUGGAUAUGCACUAAAAUGUAUUCAGAAUUUUUUUUAUAAUUAA